AUGACUGAUUUAUUUAAACCUCUAUCUGAGCCACCUACUGAGCUAGGACGUCUUAGGGUUCUUUCUAAAAGUGCUGGCAUUAGAGUUUCUCCUCUCAUCUUGGGAGGAGCUUCAAUCGGCAAUGCGUGGUCAGAAUUUAUGGGGGCUAUGAAUAAGGAACAGGCUUUUGAGCUCCUUGAUGCUUUUUAUGAAGCGGGAGGGAAUUGUGUUGAUACUGCAAAUAGUUAUCAAAACGAACAGUCAGAAACUUGGAUAGGUGAAUGGAUGAAAUUAAGAAAAGUGCGCGACCAAAUUGUUAUAUGUACCAAGUAUACUGGGGAUUACAAGAAAUAUGAAGCAGGUGAUGGUAAAAGCGCCAACUACUGUGGUAAUCACAGACGCAGUUUGCAUGUGAGUGUGAGAGAUUCCCUUCGCAAAUUGCAAACUGAUUGGAUCGAUAUUCUUUAUAUUCACUGGUGGGAUUAUAUGAGUUCCAUUGAAGAAGUUAUGGACAGUCUGCACAUCCUUGUGCAGCAGGGUAAAGUUCUCUACUUAGGCGUAUCUGAUACACCUGCCUGGAUUGUCUCUGCAGCAAACUACUACGCUACUUCUCACGGGAAAACUCCGUUUAGUGUUUAUCAAGGUAAGUGGAAUGUAUUGAACAGAGAUUUUGAACGUGAAAUAAUACCAAUGGCUAGGCAUUUUGGUAUGGCUCUAGCUCCAUGGGAUGUUAUGGGGGGCGGAAGAUUCCAGAGUAAAAAGGCAAUGGAAAAGCGGAAGAGGAAUGGAGAGGACCUACGUACUUUUGUCGGCGGUCCAGAACAAACAGGUGUUGAGGUUAAAAUCAGUGAGGCAUUGUCAAAGGUUGCUGAGGAACAUGGCACUGAAUCUGUUACUGCUAUUGCAAUUGCAUAUGUCCGCACUAAAGCAAAACAUGUUUUCCCGUUAGUAGGAGGAAGAAAAGUUGAACACCUCAAACAGAAUAUUAAGGCCCUUAGUAUCAAGUUGACACCAGAACAGAUAAAAUACCUAGAAAGCAUUGUUCCUUUCGAUGUCGGAUUCCCCACAAGCUUAAUAGGAGACGACCCAGCUGUUACCAAGAAACUUUCAUCCCUCACAUCAAUGUCUGCCCGGAUAACUUUUGAAGAUUAA